UAUUUUGUGACCGACUAUUAGUUAUUAGGCGUGAUUAUCCUUUUGCCGAAGUGCCCCUGAACGCAGCAUUUGCGCCGACGUCAUUUCCUGGAAUCCCGGUUUCCGGUUCAAAAUGGCUGCGACCUUGUGUUUAAGGCUACUGCCGCAACAAGGAUGGCUUCCCCUGACCCAGAGUGUCCGGCACGGCUCCAAGGCCGUGACUCGCCACAGGAAGCCGGUGCACAUCCUCAGACAGAAGCUCAUGGCGGUGACCAAGUACAUCCCUCCAACACGACUCGUUCCUCCAGGAGCGUAUCCGUCCCAAACCUCACGGGUCCAGGAGCAGGAAAGUCCUUUCGCCUUAAUCUUGAAGAAGGCUUUGCAGAAACUGUUCCAGGAAUGUAGGAUGCUCGCCGUGGUGCAGAACAGCGCCAGCAACGCCGAGGACAUGAUGAUGCUCAAGUACAGACUUCACAAACACGGCAUCCGUGUCAAGUUCUUCCCCAACAAGGUGGUGCGUUCGUUCCUGAAUGACAGUGUUUACUCCAACAUGGCUCCUCUGUUCAGCGGCCCGACCGUGAUGUUCGUCAGCGAAGAGCCGAAGGUCAAGGAGAUGCUGAAGACCCUGAGGUCCAGUCCACAGAUGACACUUCUGGGCGCCUGCAUAGACGACACCCUGCUGAGCGUGGACGGGCUCGUGAGCUACUCCAAACUGCCGUCCGUGUCCGUCGCCCAGGGUCAGCUGGUCAGUGGGCUGACCAUGCUCACAUCCCACACCGCCUCCCUGCUGCAGCGCCACCCGGCGUAUCUGUCGGCGCUGCUGCAGCAGCACGUCAAGCAGCUCAGCCCGGACGCCGCCGGCCCUGCAGCGGCGGCGGAGGAGGAGGCCACGUAGUGAUUCAGAGGAAACUACCGUCAGGACCUGUUUAUUUUCUUUUACAGAUGCUCAGAAACAACAAGGGGACUGUAGAGUCGGAUGCACACUUCAACAUUUAUUCAUUUUAAGUUCCUGGCAGAUAUUUAGGAUCGACUGAAUUCACCUAAAUUUUCUGGUGUGCGUCCGCCCACGUGAGCACUGGUCAGGAUUCUGCAGACUUGACUGGUUCCAGUGGAAGUUGAAGUUGUGGAUGGACAAUGCUGUUGCUCGAGCUCUUUACUUUUAUUUUUAAAAAAAUACUGUCACAUAAAUAAAGCAUGCCUACUCAAUCUA